AUGGGYCACGAGGAGGARCUCAGUYCGGACCAAAUCGAUCCAAAGAUUUCCGCUUUGCAUGGCGCUCUGAGGCGCACCUGGUGCGAUUUCUGCGCGACGAGCAGCAUACAUGGCCUGAAGUACACACGCGACAAGGACACAAAUCGCGUGGUGCACUUCGUGUGGAUUCUCAUCUCGAUUGUGAUGUUCCUCUGCGCCAUUGUCAUGACGCUGACCUUCUAUGCGGACUACCGCAGCAGUCCGACGCGCAUGAAUGUGGAGAGUGAUCACACGCCCGUCAGCCGGCUCUACUUUCCGCCAAUAACCAUCUGUCCCGAGGUGUUGUUCAACAUGGACAAGUCCAAGGCCUACAUCGACUCACUGAAACUGCCGCAGAAUGUUCAGACAUCGGACGUAUUGCAGACCUUGCACAUCUUUAGCGGCUUCAUGCUGGACGACGAGCGCUUCUCCUCGGCAGAGGUUGAGCUAAUGGAGUCCGUGCUGCAGAUCAAUAAUUUGACCCUGAUUCAGUUUGUGGACCAGUUGCGCUGGGAUUGCCAUGAGAUUUUGCAUCGUUGUCGCUAUCAUGGAGACAUUAUGAACUGCACGCGCUUGUUCCAGCUGUCGAAGACGUUCUUCGGACACUGCUGCUCCUUCAAUCUGCGCCAGGACGGGCUGAAUUUCACUGCUCAGGCUGCUGCUGGAGGUCUGGACAAUGGGCUCUCUUUAAUCCUCCGCUACAAGGAUGAGAACUAUGAUGCCCUAAAAUCCUAUUCGCAUGGUUUCAAGCUGCUCAUCCAGGAGACGGACGCCUUUCCCAGCGCUCAUGCCGACUGCAAGUUUCUGGGGCUCAACACCGAAUCAUUUGCCACGCUGCGCGUCGUGGAGACCUUCUGCUCAGAUGCCGUCAAGGCGCUGCCCAUCGCACAGAGAAAUUGCAUCUUCAGGCAUGAGUUUCAGCUGCGCUACUUCUCGAACUACGUCUAUCCCAACUGUGAGCUCAACUGCCGAGCCAACAACAUGGACAAGCUCUGCGGCUGUCAUACUUACUUCUUUGAGUUCAACCGCACCAAGGAGCGGGUAUGCACGUUCCGUGAUAUACCCUGUCUGGUUGAUAAUUUUCCCGAAAUCAUAACGCGCAGAAAGAAAACGCAGUGUCCUUGCCCUUUGACCUGUGAACACUUUGACUACGAUGUGCAGAUCUCGAACUUUGAGCUCAAGUUCGAUAUGCCAGUUGUGGAUCCUUUCUACAAAGGAAUCGAGCAUAAUGAUGCCAUUGUUCAUAUUUUUCUCAACUCCCAAGUCUAUAGACGAGUGCGUGUAGAUCUGCUCUCAAAUAUGGUCACCCUAGUCUCUAAUCUGGGCAGCGCAUUCAGCUUGUUUGUGGGCAUGAGCAUGUUGUCUUUGGUGGAGAUCAUAUACUACUUCACAGUUAUACUGCGCAAGAAUUACAUUCAGGAAUGCCGCGCACGUCAGAAGUUACAGAGUUGGCACAAACGACCAAACUUUGCCUGGCCCCCUCACAAAAAUAGCACUCGGCAGAAAUCUGUUUUCUAUAUCUCAGGUCGUAACUAAUCAGCGUGCGAUUGAUAAGCACUUCGGACAUCAGCCAUAUAUUAAAGAACUUGAAUA